AUGCGCGUGGCUCAAUUCCCAGACGUCCUUUUGCCGAGGAAAGCUCCCUGGGAACCCACCGGCGAGAGCCCUGUGGUGAUACCGCUGCCAGACACAAUGCCGCAGGGUGGCAGGACACAGUGCAUCCAAGAAGUCUGCCCCAUUCUUUCAUGUCCCCAGCACCUCAGUCACCUUCCUGCUGUUUUAUGUUGCCCCAAAUGCUUAGGACAGAGGAAAGUGUUUGACCUCCCAUUUGGAAGCUGCCUCUUUCACAGUAACGUGUAUGAUAAUGGGUCCUCCUUUAUUUAUGACAACUGCACAAUGUGUACAUGCAAGGAUUCAACAGUGAUAUGUAAGAAGAGGUGCUUACUUCCUGGUGAAUGCAAUAAAAACCAAGACCACUGCUGCAAGGAGUGUAGCUCUCGUAUCUCUCCUGAGCAAGUGGAAGUGUGCAAGUUUGGCAAUAAGAUCUUCCAGGAUGGAGAGAUGUGGUCCUCUGUGAACUGCACCAUCUGUGCUUGUGUGAAAGGCAAGACAGAGUGUCGCAAGAAACAAUGCAUUCCAGUCAGCAGCUGUCCUCAUGGUAAAAUCCUGAACAGAAAAGGAUGCUGUCCUAUUUGCACUGAAAAGCCUGGAGUUUGCACUGUAUUUGGAGACCCUCACUACAACACUUUUGACGGACGGACAUUUAACUUUCAGGGAACAUGUCAGUACGUUUUGACGAAAGACUGCUCCUCCUCUGCCUCACCCUUUCAGGUGCUGGUAAAAAACGAUGCCCGUCGGACCCGUUCUUUCUCCUGGACAAAGUCAGUGGACCUUGUGUUGGGCAGAAGCACUGUCAGCCUCCAGCAGCACCUCACAGUGAAGUGGAAUGGGACCCGCAUCUCACUACCUUGCAAGACACCGCAAUUUCAGAUCGAUUUGGAUGGUUAUUUGCUGAAAGUGACAACCAAAGCAGGCUUGGAAAUCUCAUGGGAUGGAGACAGUUUUGUGGAAGUCAUGGCUGCGCCACAUCUGAAAGGCAAACUCUGCGGUCUGUGUGGCAAUUACAACGGGCACAAGCGAGAUGACCUGAUUGGGGGAGAUGGGAAUUUUAAGUUUGAUGUGGAUGACUUUGCCGAAUCCUGGCGCGUAGAGUCCAACGAGUUCUGCAGCCGCCCGCAGAGAAAACCUGUGCCCGAGCUCUGUCAUGGGACAGUCAGGGUGAAACUCCGAGCUCACCGGGAAUGCCAGAAACUCAAAGCAUGGGAGUUUCAGAGCUGUCAUUCAACGGUGGAUUAUACCACGUUUUACCGGUCCUGUGUGACAGACAUGUGCGAGUGUCCGGUCCAUAAAAACUGCUACUGCGAGUCAUUCCUGGCGUACGCCCGAGCCUGUCAGAGAGAAGGGUUGAAAGUCCAGUGGGUACCGGAGCAGAACUGUGCAGCAACCCAGUGUAAACACGGUGCAGUUUAUGAUACCUGUGGUCCGGGAUGUGUCAAAACAUGCGACAAUUGGAACGAGAUUGGCCCAUGCAACAAGCCCUGCGUUGCAGGGUGCCACUGUCCGGCAAAUUUAGUUCUUCAUAAAGGAAGAUGCAUCAAGCCAGUCCUGUGCCCACAGCGAUGACAGUUCUCUUUCCACGGACACUAAUGCGGGUGGCUGCUGACCCCUUUGAUGCUCACAGCCAGUGAAGGACUCCAGCUGUUUGUGUGCAGAUUCUGCAAAGUACACGUCUACUCACAGAGUGUAAAUAUGCUCCUGUGUGUGUAUUUAUGUGUGUUUAUGUAUACACACAUGGCACCUAGAAAGAUAUAUCAAUGUAUAGUGUGUGUAUGUAGAUACACAUAUCUAUACACAAGUGCCCUAAACGUAAGUACAACCCAUAUAUUUAUAUAUAUGUCCACACACACAAAUAUACAUCAUUUCUAUAUAUCAUAGAAGGAUGAAUUAUUAUAUGUAUAUUUUUUGCUAUAAAGUUUAUGUAUUAUUAUUUCUAGGACCCUGAUCUGUAAGUCAUUGUAUAAAUAAACCAGGUGUUUUUAAUAUAAUA